AUGUCCGAAAAACAAGAAGGCAAUAAAUCAUUUACAAAAGAUGAUAAACACGAUCCUCCCGAAAGGGAUUUUCCAAAAUAUACCCCAACGAUGAUGACAUACCCACCACGUACCCAACUAUUUCCUGAUAGCGAAAGGAGAAGAGUUUUAAUUUCUUCCUCAUCAUCAUCACAACCUUAUUACAGGAAACAAAUGUAUCUACCAUCAUCUUAUGUCAAAAUAGAUAUUGAGAAUGAGAAGAUUCCUAUGGUGGAUAUUGAUGAUUAUGAAAAGGAUCUUGGUGAUGAUAAAAUCAGGAAAUUCGGACCUUUGAUAAUGUGGAAUAUCAAUGCAUUGUGUAAUUUUAUUAUGUUACUCGGGUGCGGUAUUUUAUUAUAUUUUUAUUAUAAGAGUUCAGUGCAAAGUGGUUAUGUGAUAUUGGCAAAGGCUUACAUAAUAGUGUUUUUUGUAAUAGAAAUGAUCGUUCGUAUAAUAAACCUAUUACAAAUGAAAUAUUAUGAUCUAUAUUUCGUAUUUUGUAACGGUCUAGGAAUCCUGUGCUUUAAGAAGGAAUCUUAUUUGGCAUUUAGCACGGAAUGGAUCGAAGUAUCACAAAUAAUUAAAUUGGCAGAUACGGCAGACAAUACAUGUUUCAUUAUUCCAUCAUUAUUCUUACUUCACUUAAUAACGUAUUACAUGAUAUCCAGAGACGAUCCUACGGAUACGACAAGUGUCGCGGUUGAUAAUAAUUUAAACGGGGUAAUAGCAAUUGUGGUUGCAAUUGUGAUUGCAAUGGUUGUUGCUAUUACUUUGAUUCUUAUACUUGUGGAUAUUGGGGAGAUUGCUGUAAUCAUUUUUGCGGAAGUUUGGGAGAUUUCUGUAAUAAUUUGUGUGAAUUUUGGGGAGAUUGUUGUAAUGAUAUGUGCGAAUGUUUGGGAAAUUGCUGCUUGGAUUAUAAUCAUCCGCAAAAAGUCUUUUAAUAUGUUGCCAAGUCAUUCAAAACAACAAAAGCAGAGGGGGAAAAUUAAAGUUCUUUUAGAUGUAUUUUGA